AUGGCACCUCAAACCCUAGGCGAUGAGUCCGAUGGAAAGAAACUUGAGUUCGUCAGGAAGAAUCGACUUCAAGAUGACGACUUGAAAGACCUCAAUUUAUCUCCAAACCCCCGCCCCAGACCACUCACUCCACCAUUCCCGGAGGAUAAAGAUCUCAAACCUCAACCACCGUCAACUAGUCGUGGAUGGCGAUUAUCCCUUUCAAGGCGACGCAACCAACAGCUCACCUUCGACCAAACCCAGUCUCCUCUAUUCGAAUGUCUACCCGCCGAAGUCCGCCUUCUCAUCUGGGAACAUUAUCUCUGUAGUCAAAUGCUGCAUGUUCUUCGACCAACCCAGCGCAAAUGGAAACGAUCCGAUAAGCAAAUCGUCGGGAUUUUAUGCAGCGAACCUCGCAAUUUCUGUUCAUGCAGUCAUCAUUGCUGGGGGCCGCUUGCUCGUCGGCCUGUCGGUAACUGCAUUACACCGAUGGACUACGGGUCUUAUUACCACGAGAACUCCGAAUGGAGAUUUGACACGAGAAGAGUUGAUUUCGUGCCACUUUUACAAACUUGCCGAAGAGUAUACUCCGAGGCUAUUGAUAUGAUCUUUCAAAAGAACAUUUUCCUCUUUAACCAGACAGAUACAAUUAUCGAUUUUGCGAAUACACUUCUACCACAGCGAAUGAGCAUGAUCCGCACGUUACAGCUCAGCUUUCCGGAUCCCGGUGGCCUAAGUUGGAAUAUAUGUUGCCAGGUUCUUGCUACGAAGUUGCCUGGACUAAAGAACUUGACCAUCCAUUUGUAUCCUCACGUCACGAACCGUCUAGAUGAUUGGCUUAUACCGCUGCAUCAGAUUCAACAGCCCACUGUCUUUGACGUCUUACUCAUCAAGCCAUGGUAUCUGGAUCCACAAUGGGAAAAGUCAACUGGGCUUGUGGAUGCGCCUUUUCAAUUUGCCAUUGCUGAUGUUGAGAGACGUGGUUUUUUGAAAGUUGUGGAGUAUUGA